CAUCAUCGAUCAGCCAGCCAGCCAGCCAGCCAGUUAGUCACACACUAUCGUCCCCCUCCCCGUCCCCCCUCUUGGCAGCGGCGGUGCUACGGCGACCCAGCAACCCUCCCGUCAGCCGACUCAACAGGCCCCCCUGGUGCAUGGGGGGCGACUCGUCACCAUUCUCGGGGAUGCGGAACCUCGGCAAGUUCAUGGCCGCACCGCCACCGCCACCAGCGGCAGCAGCAGCUGCAGGAGGGGAUUCUUGCUCUGGGGUCUUUUCCUGCUCCUGCUCCUGCUCCUCGGUGGCUUCUGGCUGCUGCAGCUCGUGUGGCUGGGUGCUUGCGAUGGCCUUGAAUCGUGUGCGUAUGAUGCAGACGAAGGCGCCGAACUCGAUCUGCUUGGCGUUGAGGGCCGUCACCAGGGCGGGCAGGUCAGCGAUCGGGGGGUCGCACAGCAACACUGAGUGAGCAAGGGGCAGGGAGUCCACACACAGACAGACAGACAGACAGACACACAGACAGGCAGACAACAAGUGGGUCCAUGUGAUGUGCGUGGCGUGUGCGUACCUUUGUAUUCGGUCUCGUCGUCUUUGAGGUAGAGUUCAAAGGCGUACUCCUUGGCGUCAUCGGCCGGGUGCAGGUUCGUGAAGAUCACGCGCACGUGGCCCUUGCCCACGGAAUCUGUGGGUGCACGUCACAUCACAUGAGUGUAUACCGCCAGGCACACUCGUCCGUCCGUCCAUCCAUCGGUCUAUUGUCACCCACCUACCCACUCACCUGCAACUCGGGAGAGUUUGAGUCCGAGUUUGCGCUGGAAGCUGGAUAUCAGCACCUCGUACUCGGCGUGACGCUCAACCAUCUUGGCCUUCUCGCGCUCGUACACUGACACAACACAACACAACACACCACACCACACCACACAUGUCCCAGCGCUUCUCUCCCUGCACGCCACGCCUGCACGUCUGCCUAUCUAUCUGUCUCUCUCCUCGUAUCGUGGUACCUACUUACCUUUCUUUGCGCGUUCUACUUUGGCUUUCAUGUGCCCCGUUUCGGUCUCGGCGUUGCGCACGUCCUCGGGCAGACGCUCCAACUUGGACAACACAUCCUAAACACACAGAUAGAUAGACCAGCACGCCGCCAUGUGUGUGGCUGAAGGCAUCUGUUGCUGGCUGUGAGCAUGUUAUGUUGCGGACGCUAAGCUGCUGCUGGAAGUCGGCCUCCUUCUGCUGGAAGAGGCCCUCCUCUGAUAACACACACCAUCAGCAACAACGUUGGCACAUGGCAACACGUCUGUCUGUCUGUCUGUCUGUCUGGUGCGGUGGUCAUCUCUUGGUCUUUUACUGGCUUGGUACUCCUGCAGCUUGGUCCGGUAGGCAAACACCUCCUUCUGGAUCUCACCCAACACACCUGCGCCGCGCCAUGGACCCGACCCACAUCCGCCCGCCACGCCAUCCAUCCCACCCCACUUCGAUACCUUACCUUGUUUGGUGGUCUUUGAGUCCUGGCAUCUCUGCUUGCCGACCUCGGCUAUCUUGAGGCACUGGUCGCGGACCUUCUGUGCGACCUCGACCUCCUCCUGCAACGCAUCCUUCAGCUGCUGCUGGCUUGCCAACAGCUGACGGAUGAACGCUCCGUCUUGCGGUGCCAUUUCCCACCCCAAUCUCUG